GAAGUGGAAGUGAAAAUUAGGAAAAAGAUAGAUUACCAAAUGGCUUCGUGUCGUACGAUGAUGGUUCUGCUCUGUCUUGUUCUGUUUCUGAUGGCAAGUAGUUCUUUGACAGCCGCCGCGAGAAUUGGAGCCAUGAGGGAGAUGACGAUCAAGAAUGGAAAGAGCUUAAGGGUUAUUAAAUACAGCCAUAUUUUGGGUUACUUACCUAAAGGCGUUCCCAUUCCUCCUUCUGCUCCUUCUAAGAGACACAACUCUUUUGUUGACUCUCUUCCUCAUUGAGUUGAUUUCCUUAAUUCUUUGUAUUUUAUUUAUUUAUUUGUGGUUUUGUUUUGUAGAUUAGAUCAACAUAGGUUAUACUCUUUGUA